GCGGCCUGGAAGGGAGCUGCUGCUGCAGGAGCGCCUGGAGCCCCGGCCAGGGCGGGGGCGGCCCCCAAUGCAGGAAAAGGCCCUGGACCGGGUGUGGACACCAGCAACAUGGCGGGCGAGGUGGAGGAGAUCACCCGUCUUCGAAAGCCGCGCUUCUCCUAUGAGGAGAACCAGAUCCUAAUCCGGGAGGUGCGCGCCAACUACUCCCAGCUGUACGGCACUCAGAGCCGCAGGGUCACGGUGGCCGAGCGGAGGCGGGUGUGGGAGGGCAUCGCCGCCAAGAUCAACGGCAUUACCAGCUGGAAGCGCACGGGCCAGGAGGUGCAGAAGCGAUGGAAUGACUUCAAGCGGAGGACCAAGGAGAAGCUAGCCAGGGUCCCCCACUCCACGCAGGGCAGCGGGGUUGGGCCUGGAGCCUCAGAGGAUGCCUUCUCUGCUGAGGAGGAGACCAUCUUUGCCAUCCUGGGGCCCGGUGUGGUAGGGGGGCCUGAGCUCCACACCGGCCCCUCAGCCUCCUUCCACGCGCCUCCCCCAACGGGCCCCUUCCCUCAUCGCUACCUGCUGGGGGGAGAGCAGCGGCCAGCCGAAACCUCUGUCCAGAGCAAGGCCUGCAGCAGCCCCGAGCCAUCAGCCCGCCCUCCCUGCUACUCCUUGGAUGGCAUCCUCCUUCGGCCUAAAGAGCGGGACUCCCCGCCACCUCCUCCAGCCCCAGACCAGGCAGCCCUGCAGAUUGUCCAGCUCCCUCGGCUAGCCCCAUCACCACCUCCGCGUCCCCCGUGUCCAGGCCCCUCUCCUUCCAGCCUCCCACCACCACCUCCCCUGCCACCCACCCUAGACCCCUCGCUGGACUUCCUCCGUGCCCAGCGGGAGACGGCAGAGGCAAUCCGUGAAUUGGAAGGCACUUUGCGCCAGGGACUGGCUAAGCUGAGCGAUGUCCUCAGCGCCCUCCUGCCUCUCUUGGCCGGCCCAGAGCCACCUGUGCCCCUGCCUGCUGCCGGGCUGGCCCCGGCCCACCCCAAGGUGGAGACCUCACCUGAGCCUGCGGCAUUAACCGUUGAGGAGGGAGAGGAAGCAGCCAUAGUGGGGACACCCCCAGGGGAGGAGAGGGGUACCCGGCCUCCUCUACCCAGAGAUUCACCUCCAGUGAAGAGGAGGAAAGGUUUCCCAACACGAAAACGGAGAGGAAGGUGGAAGAACAUGUGAUAACUCUGGUGGGGAUGUCUGGCCGCCUGCUCUGGUCUCCCGCCAUCCUCUGCCCUGUUUGGCCCACUUCAGGGGGAAGAGGGAGACUCAACACUGCUUGUAACCGAUUCCAGUGGGCUCUGGUCCCUUCAGCUGCUCCCUCCCUCCUGUUGCUUUCCAUCCCCACCACCCCCUCUGGGGCUGUGCCACCCACAAUCCCUGUCUAGUGCCUGAUUUUCUUUAGCGUUAGUCUCAAGUUUCAUAGAAUUUGGAGACAGAGGGGACUUUGGAGUCCCCAUAGCCCAGCUCCCUCAUUUUAGAGAGGAAGAAUGGAGCCCAGAGAGAUGGAGAGACUUGCCCAAGGUCCCCCAUAGCAUCAAAGCAGCAGGGCCAGAUUCAGACCUAAACCCUCAGACUCCGGAUGCAGGGUUCUUUCCCACAAUUCCACGCUGCCUCCCCCCAGUGAGACACAUGCCCAACCUCCCUGAACAUCACAGCCUUAGGAAUAUCCCCAUCCUGGACGCGCAAAGCAGUCACUUUAACCUUAUUUAUUAUUGUUCUGUGGGAGGUGGGGUUAGAGGGUCUGUGACCCCCUUAUCCACCAGGUGGAACACCCACUCAAUCCUCCCAGCUCAUGGGGGCCUCCUGUCCCUUGGCCCAGAAGCUAGGCUCAAGGUUCCACCACUGUGCCUAGACAGCAUCUGAACCCCAGGUUCAGAAGCAACAGGCAAGAAAUGGGGACAUCAGGAGCUCCCUGCCCCUCCCAGCACACCAGAGAGGCUAAGUCCCCCGGGCCUCAGGCCUUCCCGCUACCGCUCUGUGCCCACCUUCCUCCCCCCACGAG